CAUUGCAGUUGUUGUGAUACGUUGUGUCAUAUUGUGUCGCAAUAAUAUCCCGGAUCUCCACAUAAAGGAACUAUAGUGAGAAAAACCGUCUGCUACCUCGGAAUCUGUCAAAAUACAAUAAUUUCAUGAGCUCAGUCGUACCUGUGUCAUGUAAAAUCGUGUAGAAUCGUAUCUAUGCUGUUAGAUGGUGGACGAUUUCGAUCGAGAAAGUCUUACUUUCAAUAGCCUUCCGGUGUGUCUGUUCUCGUCCGGUAUUCUUACCUUCCUUCUCAGUUUUGUGCAGAUAUGCGUUAGAUAUAUUUUAAGCUGUCAGGAGUUUCAUCUUCGAAAAUAUCUUUUCUUUUUUCGAUGAUGGAUUAAGGGUAACGUGUUCAUCAGUCGUUGAUUUCAGAAGCAAGAGGAAACAAAACGCGCGAAAAUGCCGAUGGAAAUUUUGGACCGACUUCCAAUCCCAAAUCUGCGAGUUUACACUGCCAUCAGUUUCGCCGUUCUGUCUUGUUCGGUGUUUUAUGCUGUACAAAUUAUCAAAGAUCCUGCCUGGAAAAGUAAUCACACGUAUGUCGAAAUCGAGAGCAACGUCAUGUCCGGUGAUGCCGAGUCCGAUCCAAGGAAUCUCGGAAUGCAUUUGAAGGAGCUACUCGAAUGCAUGCUCGACGAACCAAUUUGCAUCUGGACUCUGAUCAAUAUGGCGUAUUGCGUAUUAAUCCUUCUGGGCAAAUCGAUCCAGAAGCUCGUGUUUGGUGAACUUCGAGCAUCGGAGAGGCAACAUCUGAAGGACAAGUUUUGGAACUUUGUGUUUCACAAAUUCAUCUUUCUAUUUGGUGUGCUGAAUGUUCAGUACAUGGACGAAGUUGUCCUUUGGUGGGCAUGGUUCACCGCGCUUGGCUUCCUAAGUCUACUCAGUCAACUCUGCAAGGAUCGAUUCCAAUACUUAUCCUUUUCACCAACUACACCAGGCUGGAGUCAUGCAAAACUUCUUGGACUUCUCGCUGCGAUUCUAGCGUUAUCUUCUUUCAUGCUGCUACUAUGGACAGCCGCAGCUUUCUUCUUUGUUUCGUUCAACACGUUUGUCUUCACAGCAGCAGAGUGCAUUCUAUUAGGUGUGAGAACAAUUCGCGUAAUGGUGCGUUACAUUAUUCACCUGUAUGAUACGCGAGGAGCUGGAACCCCUUUCCAACGUUCUUGGGACAAGAGAGGUCUUUUAACGUAUUAUACAGAUCUAUUGGCAGAGCUAAUAAUAUUGGCUAUAAACUUCCUCCAUCAUGUCCACAUGCUACUUUGGAGCAACAUCUUUUUGAGUAUGGCCUCCCUUGUAAUAUGCAUGCAGCUUAGGUACCUUUUCUACGAAAUACAGCGGAAAAUUACAAAGCACAGAAACUAUCUUGCUGUCUUGAAUCAUAUGGAACAGAAUUAUCCAAUGGCAACGCAAGAGGAACUGGCAGAGAACUCGGACAAUUGCGCUAUUUGUUGGGAGAAAAUGGAAACCGCUAGAAAACUACCGUGUAGUCAUCUCUUUCAUAAUUCUUGUUUACAAUCCUGGCUGGAGCAAGACACGUCUUGCCCUACCUGUAGACUUGCUUUGAACAUGCAACCGAAUCAUCGCGAGAACACGCAAGAACUAUCGACGGAACCACAGACACCAGCCAGACGAAACGAAAAUCAUUUCUUCCAUUUCGAUGGCUCGAGAUACGUCUCUUGGUUACCGAGCUUCUCCGUCGAAGUUUCUCACAACAGAUUACGUGGAAAUAUUUCUACCAUCGCGCACAACAACUCCCAAAUGGACGCUAUGAUCAGACAGGUGCAGCAGCUGUUCCCGCAUUUUCCUCGCAACCUGAUUGUAGAAGAUCUCAGAGUAACGAGAUCGGUUGAAUGGACCGUUGAGAACAUUCUUGAUGGAGUGCUGAUACCGCCUCAUCAUUUAAUCGAAGAACCGCAUUCGGAAUCCGUCUCUCAGAUCCAUACGAACACUACUGAGAUCAGUGUCUCCUUAAACACCGUUUCAACGCCGCCACCCUCCGACCCAAGGUUUGACAUUCCUAUUGCUGACAGCGGCGAGGAACCUUCCAGUUUAGGAGGACGAUUUUCGAAAUCCUCGACCGAGAGAGAGCUGAUCCUCCAACGUCGUAAAGAACACAUGAUACUCGGUGCCAGGAGGAGAUACUUCGAGAAACGUCGAAAAAAGCAUGAAACUGACCAGCGUGUCUCCAAUGCCAUCUCUUAAACACAGAGAACUAUUGUUAAUACAAAGUUUGAUUUGUCGUGCUUCGUAGCAGCUAUCUUCUUUGAAGUUUGUACGACUGAUUUCCUUUGGUAACGCGUCCAUAGACGUCUACUUAUUUUUUCAUUCUUUUCAUUUACAAGCCUGGCUUCUACUUAGUUUUGAGAAAACUACGAUUCCUUAUCCAGUGUGUUUGUUCCUGAGAUUUUUUUUUUUUUUAACAAUCUUAAUUUUUACUAUACUUAAGAAAAAUAAUUUUUUAGAGAUACAAAUUUUCAAUUAAUUUCUCCCUUUAGUUUCCGUAGACAUCUUUGCUUGGCAUCGUCGAAUA